CCCCUCCCUUUUCCCCCUCCCUCCCGGUCUCCCGCGGAGCCCGACGCCGCUUUUGCACCCCGCCCGCGGCGGCCUAGGGAGAGCUCGCGGGUGGCUCUCCGGGGCGCCGGUGCCCUCGCGGCCUGCCCGGGAGGAGGAGGAAGAGGAGGGGGAGGGAGGGGAUGCGAAAGUGGGUCAGGAAUGUAACUGGACGCUGCGCAUCCGCACGCACCUCCUCCCCCGCCCCCAGGCCGGCAGCGGCGGCCCGCGCAAGCCUUGGAAAGCGAGUCUUUUGCCGUUGUGGUUCCGCAGCAUUAUCGGUGGCCGGUUACCAGGGGAUCCCGAGGGAUGUGUUUCCCUGUGACCCUUUGGGAAGAAAAACUUAGUUGCCUCGGUAACCGAGCUUGGCUUGGAUGCGAGGAUGCGGUGAAGGAUCUAGGUGAGCCUGACGGUGAAGAGGCUGCAGUUGCACUAGGGAGCGGAUUAACUUUUCUUGUUACUGAACCAAGACGUGAAAGGAAAGCUGGAGAGGAGGUUGCUCCAAUCUGUUCCAGAGGUGGUGGCUUUGAGGGGUGACCCUGCCCACGCUUGGGCCCAGCCAGCACCAGCUCCUCAGUAAGGAGAGCCAGCUUGAUAAGACGAAGAUAAACAGUGUCAGCGAGUGAUACCAGAGAAGAAAAAAACAGAAGUGAACCCAGCCUCAUUUCCUCCUCUACGUGGGUGAUCGCUACAGCAGGGGAAGGUCUCACAGUAUAUCAGUUGGGUCAGAGAAUGGAGUUCUGUGGCCGAGGCUUCCUAGAAGCUUAAACCUUUGUCCCAAUGACGUCAAGUUCGCCCGUUGGCUUGGAAGGUUCAGAUUUGUCUUCCAUCAACACCAUGAUGUCGGCGGUAAUGAGCGUAGGGAAGGUUGCCGAGAAUGGUGGGAGCCCCCAGAGCGUCAGGUCCCCCACGAAGCCUCCGGGGCCAAAUCGGAUUGGCCGAAGGAACCAGGAAACAAAAGAGGAGAAGUCUUCCUAUAAUUGUCCCCUGUGUGAGAAGAUUUGCACUACACAGCAUCAGUUAACUAUGCACAUUCGCCAGCACAACACAGACACUGGAGGGGCUGACCAUUCAUGCAGCAUUUGCGGGAAGUCGCUGAGCUCGGCCAGCUCCCUGGACCGCCACAUGCUGGUGCACUCUGGGGAGAGGCCUUACAAGUGCGCUGUGUGUGGCCAGUCUUUUACCACCAACGGGAACAUGCACAGGUGGGUGAGGGCAGCCUUUGCCUGCUGGCUAGAGCCUGCAGGUUGACAGAAAGCAAAGUGGCCUUCCAUCCAUCUUACCUAAAGACACAAAGAGUUCUGUUCACUGUAUGGAAAAGCCAGAGAUGGUUUUGUCUGCCUGCCGUGUACAGUCUCCAGUGUGUCAGAGGUGUCAGCUCAAGGAAACAGAAGUACCUGGGCUAGGUCUUUGGCCGAUGGGGGAAUCUUCAGGGUGACCCUUUGCCAGGUGGAGUUUCUUUGUUUAGGUGCCAGAGGUGGGCAGCUUAUCAGACACAGAGGAACCCUAGAGGAUUAG